AUGCACCCAACGUCGGCCUUCAUAACAGCCCCGAUCAUUAAACGAAUGGUUGUAAACUCAAUUGGUUCAGUUGUACAAGAUAUCAGGGCGGUUCCUGAUGACUGCAACACCCUUUCGGUGCCUACCUGCCGUGCCACCCGAAGGAAGCACGAGGGUUGGGAUAUUGCCAGGUUACCCAAGCUUAGACAGGGGAAGUCGAGUGGCAGAGGUGGGGCUCGAACCACGGACCUUCCGGUGUUCACACGGCGCUCCGGACCCAUUUUCCAGAUCUUCAGGUGUUCUCACGGCGCUCCGGACCCAUUUUCCAACAACAGACGUUUUCUGAGUUCGGAAGAGUUUUCCACAAGUUUUACCAUCGAUCGCAUCUUGUUCCUCGGCGUAUCGCUUCUACCGAUUGAGCGUCAGUUGUGCGAAAACGGGAAACUGGCAGAUUCUGUUUGGGAAACCGCUGUCUGUAGUUUUGCACAGACGAAUUUAUAUUCCGAGUGUGUUUACUAA